GUACUUCCUCCGUGCUGGUGUGAGCCAGGUUGGACCGGGAGGAGGAGCAGGCGGCUUCUCCACGCUGCUGGGUCAAGUCUACUUCGGCGGCCGGGGCGGUCGGAUCAACCUCCAGAGGGAAGAUUUUUCAUCGUGGGCGCACGAUACACUCCCAUCAUUGGUGGCUUUGAGCGAGCCGCUUUCUGCAGCAGACUCCUGGCUUUACAGCCAAGCUCGGUUCAGCAUCAGUGAGCUUCGCGAGAUUCGUUCUGCAUCGCUGACCCCAGGAAUUUGGCCGUUAGGGCGAAAGGUCCUGGACACUUAUCCCUGCCCCAUCGGCUGCCGAGCAACGAAUCGCUACACCUGCGUGGCUUGCGCACCUGGCUACUACCAAGCGAUGGGUGAGACGGGCUGCGUACCGUGCACGCAGCUGGCCAAGAACGUCUUCCAGGAUUCCUGGGCAGGGGCAAUGUGCCACCAAUGCCCUGCUGGUGCAUACUGCGAAGAGGGUGCAGGCCGCAUCCGGGGCAAGACGGAUGGCUCUGAUAAGUCCACAGCCAACUUGUCCAGCAGCAUGAAUGAAGCAGACUCGAAUGCCGUGCCGGGACAUGCAAUCUGUCGAUUGAGUGGUAUUGUUCGGCAAGGGAUCCGGACCAUCCGCUGGGAAGAAGCGCAUGUGCAGCCGGGUCUGUUUGUGUUUUAUUUGACUUGUCCGCUUAUGGCCAUCAUGGUGAGAACGAAGAAGGAAUCGCGUAACGUGCACUCCCGUAUGGACUACACGAACAACGCUUUGGACUUUGAUUCCAACUUUUGUUUCUCUGGCGGUUGGUUGGAGGCCAAGAGGAGCCACCAGUGGCUGCUUCUUGGCUCGCAUCGGGAUUCGCGAAAGGAAGCUGCAUUUUCCGCGCAGACGGCAUGUGGGAACGAGAGAGUUUUUGAGAACACCCACAUGACUUUUUCAAUCCUUGCUGGAUUCACCAUCCCGCUGGCCGAUCGGUUCCAGCGCUGCGUGCCCGAGGAAGCCUGUCUGGGAAACAACGUGUGCUUCAAGAACAACCGCGGUGUGGCUUGCACUUCUUGCAUCGAAGGCUACACCAAGUACGAGAGUUACUUCGCCUACACAACCUGCAAGCAAUGCGCGUCAACUGCGAUACUCUUCGUGGAGUGCUUCGUCCCCGCCUUCGUCCAAUUCCUCAUCAUAGCAAUGCUAUCCAAGGCUGGGAUGAACUCAGCGGUGAACCGGCUCAGCUUGGCAGCGCCAAUCUGCAUUGCGUUGGUCCAGGGUCUGCAGAUGCACAGCACCAUCAGCAAAGCUUUGGCGACCUCCGGCGCUGCGCGAGAGGACAGCGCCCUGUCUCUUGCCCUGGAUGUUUUGCAAGAUGCCGAUCCAGAACGAGGGGGACGCGCCAACAGCAACACACUGGUCCGCGCGACCGUGGCCUCGAAUCAGCUUGUUCUGGCAAACCUCUUAAGGGCCACGAUGGAGGCCUGGACCCAAGUUCACCCGGUCACGAAGUGCAGUGAGGAUCCGAACCAGCGUCUCACACUGGAAAUUGAGCGAUCUGUUUACUGCCCGCAAGAAGCCUUCCAGGGCUUGAACCUGGCUCGGAAUCUUGUGAUCAUCUUCUGCUCUGUGGUCUGGGUUGGCGAGUUCUUCGUGCACUGGCGAACCUUGAAGGAUUGGAAGUACCUUCACGUACAGGAGAAGUUCAGCCUGCUGUACCUCAAGAUCCUGCCCAGCAUGUGGUACUGGCGCUUUCUGGACGAGUUUCGCAUCAUAACCGCCAUCUACUGGUUUUCAGAUGGCAGCCUCUCCAAGAACUUUUCCUUCCAGGUUGUGGCAGUUAUGGAACUGGUUUAUUCGUCCCUGUUGGCGUGGUUCGCGCCCUACACUCGGAUGGGUGCAGACACUAUGCUCCGGCAAAAGGCAGCCAUCUCGAAGAAUUUGGGCGUUGUAAGCUUGCUAUUCUUCCUGAUGACCUGGAUUGAGCCUAGCACAGUUGCAGAAGAGGCGCUGAAUCGUCAGCCUUUCCUGGUCUCUUUGGAUGCGUUUCUGGACCGGUUUGCAGUCGGAGAUGUGAUCCUCUCGUUGAGUGGGCUACAUAUCUUUUUCUCAAGCACCAUGAAGCUGCUGGACAAUCGUGGCGCCCUGUCCUAUGCCCUCAAGGCGCAGACGGGAACCCCAACCAGAUGUGGCUCAGUGAUGUUGAGGCUGCUUCGCAGCUUCCCGGGUGCGCACAGCAUGAUGGUACAUCACGAUGGCGAGUCCGUUCUUCUGGACACCCGCGACGUCCCUCCACAUCAGCGACGGAAGUUGCUCAUUGGCGUGGCGAGUGGCCUACGAUACAUCUUCGGGCAGUCGGGCAUCUUCCGAGUUGGCGAAGUGAGGAAUCAGAUCAAGGAUGCCACGGCAAUGGCGCGGUUCAUGAUCAAGACGUCCAUCAUCCACGCCCACGCCUUCCAAACCAUUUGGAAGGGGGGUGUUGCAGGCCUUGGGGCCUUGGGGGUCGUGUAG